UGUUAAAUUUUACAGAUUUCUUUGAUUUCACGUUGAAUCCACCAAUACUGAAUAUUCCAAAGAUUUAUAACUCAAAUUACUCUGCUUUCCCAUGGAGGUUCAAGCUGAAAUGGAGGCUAGCUCGUCCAUUAGUUUAGUCGCAGCUGUUUCAUAUGGCAUUGCUUCUAUGGCAAUGGUUUUUAUUAACAAAGCUGUGAUUAUGCAGUAUCCACAUUCAAUGACUGUUCUUACCCUUCAGCAAUUGGUUACUUCUUUGCUUAUACACUUUGGUAGACGAAUGGGAUACACAAGAGCUAAAGGAAUCGACUUAGCCACUGCGAAAAAGCUUCUUCCGGUGUCGAUCUUCUACAAUGCUAAUGUUGCAUUUGCUCUUGCAAGCUUGAAAGGAGUAAAUAUUCCAAUGUAUAUCGCCAUUAAGAGACUCACUCCACUCGCUGUUUUGAUUGCUGGGGUUUUGUUUGGUAAAGGCAAACCAACAACUCAGGUUGCUCUAUCUGUACCACUGACGGCUGCAGGUUGUGUAAUUGCAGCUCUUGGUGAUUUUUCUUUUGAUCUUUUCGGGUAUGGUUUGGCUUUAACAUCUGUCUUUUUCCAGACCAUGUACCUUGUGCUGGUGGAGAAGUCUGGUGCAGAAGACGGGCUUUCCUCUAUCGAAAUAAUGUUCUAUAACAGCUUCCUUUCCCUCCCAUUUUUGUCCUUCCUCAUCAUAGUUACCGGCGAAUUCCCAAACUCUCUAUCACUAUUACUUGCAAAGUGUUCUUAUUUGCCGUUCUUGGUGAUUCUCGUGCUUUCACUGGUUAUGGGCAUUGUCCUCAACUUCACCAUGUUUCUUUGCACCAUUGUGAACUCUGCACUAACAACAACCAUCGUUGGUGUUCUCAAAGGCGUUGGUUCCACUACGCUUGGUUUCGUCCUCUUGGGUGGUGUUGAAGUACAUGCUUUGAACGUGUCCGGUUUAGUGGUCAACACAGCUGGUGGUGUGUGGUACUCAUACGCCAAGUACCGACAGAAAAAGGCUAAACCGGCUAAGCUAAUGUCUGAUUUGGAAGCUCACAAGAAAUGAAGAUUUCGGUCCGGUUUGCCGGUUGGGUUUACACGUCAAAUAUGUCCUUGUUCAAAAAGUUAUAUCAGAACGAACCGAUGUAUUAGAGAGUUGAACCAAGAAAACCGGUUUAACGAGAAGCUUUCAACAAUCACCGUGGCUUCAGAUCUUAUCUUCUCUGUUCGAUUCUAAGUGAGAUUUAAUUUUGAUAUGAAACUUCAUUGAUCAGAUUAUUUCUUGUUUAAGUUAAGAAAGAAAAAAAUCAAUACCUAUUUUUAUA